AUGACCGAUUUUCGCAUUCCAAAACCAAAGUUUUUCGCUACCACAAAAAAAGGCGAGAACUAUGAACUUAAAGCAGAUCUAAACAGUGAAUAUCGAGAUCGUCGAAAGGAUGCGAUAAAAAAAGUUAUUGCUAAUAUGACAGUUGGAAAAGACGUGUCGGGAUUAUUUCCUGACGUGCUAAAAAACAUGCAAACAGAUGAUCUUGAACAAAAGAAAUUAGUAUAUCUUUAUUUGAUGAAUUAUGCCAAAACACAGCCAGAAUUAGUAAUUUUAGCUGUAAAUACAUUUGUGAAGGAUACCGAUGACGUUAAUCCAUUAAUUCGAGCAUUGGCCAUUCGAACGAUGGGUUGUAUUCGUGUUGAGAAGAUUGUUGAUUAUCUUUGCGAGCCAUUACGGAAAUGUCUAAGGGAUGAAAACCCGUAUGUCAGAAAGACAGCUGCUAUAUGUGUGGCGAAGUUAUAUGAUUUAAAUCCUACUUUAGCUACAGACAAUGGUUUUGUUGCAACCGUACAGGAUAUGGUUUCGGAUUCAAAUCCUAUGGUGGUCGCUAACGCGAUUACAGCAUUAGCUGAAAUUCAUGAGGCAUCCGAAGCAAAAGACAUUUUUGUAAUUAAUCAUGCGACCCUUAAUAAACUCAUGGCGGCUUUAAAUGAAUGUACAGAAUGGGGACGGAUAGCUAUUUUGACAGCAUUGGCAGAUUAUCGACCUGUCGACGAAAAAGAGGCAGAAAUCAUUAUUGAACGUGUGGUUCCGCAAUUUCAACAUGCAAAUGGAAGUGUGGUUUUAGCUGGAAUAAAGAUAGUCGUUUUAUAUAUGCGAGUAAUAAAAAGUGAAGAUCUCAUUCGUCAGUUAGUUAAAAAAAUGGCACCUCCAUUAGUAACAUUGAUCUCAUCAGUUCCUGAAGUUCAAUAUGUCGCGCUUCGAAACAUCAAUCUGAUAUUACAAAAACGCCCUGAUAUAUUACAAAACGAGAUGCGCGUCUUUUUCUGUAAAUAUAAUGAUCCACUCUACGUGAAACUAGAGAAGCUAGAGAUAAUGAUCAAGUUGGCAAAUGAAAAAAAUGUGGAUCAAUUAUUAUCGGAAUUGAAGGAAUAUGCCUCUGAAGUGGAUGUCGAUUUUGUACGGAAAUCCGUCAGAGCUAUUGGACAAUGCGCAAUCAAGAUUGAAGAAACUUCUGAGAGAUGUAUCAACGUGUUGCUAGAUUUGAUUAAUUCCAGUAACACAAUGUCGGAUAUUGGUAAUAGCAAAGCGAAUUACGUGGUUCAGGAAGCUAUCAUUGUAAUCAAGGAUAUCUUCAGAAAAUAUCCACGAAAAUAUGAAGGAAUUAUCCCUACAUUAUGUAAAAAUUUGGAUGCUUUAGAUGAGCCUGAGGCUAAAGCAUCAUUGAUUUGGAUUAUUGGUGAAUACGCAGAGAAAAUAGAUAAUGCAAAUGAAUUAUUAGACUCAUUUUUAGAGACUUUUCGGGAUGAGAAUGUGCAGGUGCAAUUACAAUUAAUCACUGCCACAGUAAAGGUUUUCUUGAAGAAACCACAAAAAACUCGAGACAUUGUGCAACAAGUAUUACAAAUUGCUACCACGGAGUGUGAUAAUCCCGAUAUUAGAGAUCGGGCCUAUGUGUAUUGGCGAUUAUUAUCUACAGAUCCUCAAGCAGCAAAGGCAGUAGUAUUGUCCGAAAAACCAGCAAUUUCCGUUGAGAAUCAAUCGAUAUCUCCAGCUUUGCUGGAAGAACUUAUUAAUAAUAUAUCCACUUUAGCUAGUGUAUAUCAUAAACCGCCGGAAACAUUUUUGGGACGAGGAAAAUUCGGAGCGGAUGCUGUUCAGCGAAGAGCUAUCGAGGAACAAGAAGAAGCUUCACGUGAAACGGAAUCGCCAAUUCAAGUCAAAGACGAAAACCUCUUGGAUCUCGACUUCUCUGAUGCAUCUGCUACACCAUCGUCUUCUAAACCAUCGUCUUCUAAUCUAUCAUCUGCUGCUUCACCACCCUCCAGUUCAAUCUCGAAUAACAUUGACGAUCUGUUGGGACUUUUUGGAACAACCACCACUAAUAAUAGUUCAACGACACAAGCAGGAUCUUCGGCUACUACACAAAGCAAUGCAUUGAGUGAUUUGGUUAGUUUGAUAUAA